UGGGGGGUGUUUCCUGUUCCCGGCAUCCUUCGCGCGGGCAGUCUCUCUCUUCCUAUCCCCCGCCUCCUCCCCGCUCUGCCUGUGUCGGUAAGAUGGCGGCAGUGAGUCUACGACAAGGAGACCUGGUGUGGGGGAAACUGGGUCGGUAUCCUCCAUGGCCUGGAAAGAUUGUCAACCCACCCAAAGAUUUAAAGAAGCCACGCGGCAAAAAAAGCUUGUUUGUCAAGUUUUUCGGAACUGAAGAUCAUGCUUGGAUCAAGGUGGAGCAGCUGAAGCCCUACCACCCCCAUAAGGAGGAGAUGAUAAAAGCCAACAAGGGUAAACGUUUCCAGCAGGCCGUGGAUGCCGUGGAAGAGUUCCUAAAGAAGAAACUUGCCAAGGAACAGGUACGGAGAGAUACAAAGUGGCAUUGCAUGCAACUUUAUAGUAACUCAAGCGAUGAAAAAAACAAAACUGGUGGCAAGAAAGCAGAGGGCAAAACAAAGAAGACUACUGGUGAAAAGAAGAGGAAGUCCUCAGAUUCCUCCCCCAAGUCCCCCAAAAAGCCCCGCGACCAGAGCCCACGCAAAAGAGGAAGGCCGCCCAAGGACGAAAAGGACACCACGUCUCCCCAGCCGAGCUCCCUGAAGAAGCUGGCCAUGAAAACGGUGUCUCGCUUCAGCUGGCCCCCACCCUCCAGUGAGGAGGACUCUGCGGGUGACAGCUGGCUGCUUCACGGGCACAGAACCCUUGGCACAGAGAUGGUGUUGAAAAAGCCCAGCGUCACAUACCAGGCAAUCAGCAAACGGCUUAAAGUAUCAGAAGAGGACACUGGCUCGACGUCGAUCCAAGCAGCAGAUAGCACAGCCAUCAACGGCAGUAUCACACCCACAGAUAAAAAGAUUGGCUUUUUGGGCUUAGGGUUGAUGGGAAGUGGUAUAGUCUCCAACCUACUGAAAAUGGGACACACGGUGACGGUGUGGAAUAGGACGGCAGAGAAGUGUGACUUGUUUGUCCAAGAGGGGGCACAAUUAGGCAGAACUCCGGCAGAAGUGGUCUCCACAUGCGACAUUACGUUUUCAUGUGUGGCAGAUCCUAAAGCAGCAAAAGAUUUGGUGUUAGGACCCAGCGGGGUGCUGCAAGGCAUCCGUCCAGGAAAAUGUUACGUUGAUAUGUCCACUGUGGAUGCAGAAACAGUCGUCGAACUUGCACAGGUUAUCGUAUCUCGAGGUGGCCGUUUCCUAGAGGCUCCAGUGUCUGGUAACCAGCAGUUGUCCAAUGAUGGGAUGUUGAUGAUCUUAGCAGCGGGUGAUCAAGGUGUAUAUGAAGACUGCAGCAGCUGUUUCCAAGCCAUGGGCAAGACCUCAUUCUUUCUCGGGGAAGUGGGAAACGCAGCCAGAAUGAUGCUGAUUCUGAACAUGAUCCAGGGCAGUUUUAUGGCAACGAUAGCGGAAGGAAUGACAUUGGCCCAGGUGACCGGUCAAUCUCAACAGACUCUGCUGGACAUCCUGAAUCAGGGGCAGCUUGCCAAUAUUUUCGUGGACCAAAAGUGCCAAAAUAUCCUACAGGGGAAUUUCAAGCCAGACUUUUAUCUGAAAUACAUCCAGAAAGACCUGAGGCUAGCCAUCGCCCUCGGAGACUCUGUGAACCACCCAACUCCUAUGGCCGCUGCAGCCAAUGAGGUCUACAAACGAGCAAAAGCAUUGGACCAAUCUGACAACGACAUGUCCGCCGUGUACAGGGCCUACAUCCACUAGUCUCAACCGUUUCAUUGUCCAGGAUUUAAUUAUUAUUUCGAUACCUUGUUUUUAACACAACCAUCUCUGUCUCCGACUCUUUCCCCAGACAUUGUCCUUUGCUCUCUCUCUCUCCCUUCCCACCACCGGCACCCCAGUCCCCGUUCUUGUGAAUCGUCAACACGUCUGCUCCUUUCCAGGCCGCACUGCCGGUGGAGGGGCGGGCGCUGGGUCCUUCCCAGCCUUGCACUAAAGGAGACAAUUCAUAAGAGAGCUUUCGGAGAGCGACGAGGACCCCUGUGACGCGCAGAACUCCCCCGUUGACCUAAACCUCAGUCGCUUUGCCAGCCUUUGGCGUUCCCCCGCUUUACUGCUGAAGGACAAAUGGACGUUGACUUGUAGACACCAGCAAGAAGGCAUGUCCUGCAGAUGACUACUUUCUCUGAAGAUUCUUUGCUUAGUUGUACAGUGCACAAGAAUAUUUUUUUUUGUUGUUUUUAUUUUCUUUCCCUACCCUGUGCAUCUCCAUCACCUCCAUCGCUGUAAGGGGUUUAAUGGUUGGGCCUUUUGUCUGGUCAACGGUCUUCACCUAGAAGAUUGAACCAGCCAUUCCAUAAUAGUUACAGAAUUGCUUGCUUGCAUUGUGAAGUUCAGUGAAGAGGUUCU